CGUUGGUUUUCAAGAUGGCGGCCCUCAAUGUGUUGGUAAGCGGCUGUGGGCGGCUGUUCCGAGGGCUCGUGGGAGGCCCGGCCGCAACCAGCUGGGCUCGGCCUCCAGCUCGCGGGUUCAGGGAAGUGGUGGAGAUCCAAGAAGGGAAGACGACUAUAAUUGAAGGCCGUAUCACAGGGACUCCCCAGGAAAGUCCACUUCCCCCUAACCCCUCAGGCCAGUGCCCCAUCUGCCGGUGGAACCUGAAGCACAAGUAUGGCUAUGAGGAUGUUCUGCUGCUCAGUCAGUUUAUCCGGCCUCAUGGAGGCAUGCUGCCCCGAAAAAUCACAGGCCUGUGCCAGGAAGAGCACCGCAAGAUUGAGGAGUGUGUGAAGAUGGCCCACCGAGCAGGUCUAUUCCCAAAUCAUAGGCCUCGGCUUCCUGAAGGAUUCGUUCCGAAGAGCAAACCCCAGCUCAACCGGUACCUGACCCGCUGGUCUCCCCGCUCUGUCAAGCCCAUCUACAAUAAAGGCCACCGCUGGAACAAGGUGCGCAUGGCUGUCGGGUCACCCCUCCUGAAAGACAACAUCUCCUACUCAAGAAGGCCUUUGGUGCUGUACCAUUGACUGAGGGCUUCCUGAGAACCUGGCCAGAGCUCCUCCUCCACUCCCACCCCAUCCCACCAGGGCGGCCCCGCGCCUCCAACAUGAAGGACACGAGGGGCAGUGGGACCAACUUCAGAGCCCUCGACCUGCCCAGCAACAGUGCGGGGAGCUAGGGGCAGGCAGGGCAGUUGGGUCCCUUGGCAGCUGCUGUGGUCUCAUGACUGGCUUGGGCCGAGCUCAGUGCUAGGGGCCACGAGUUUUGCCCAAAGGAAUGUCAUAAACCAGGCUCAUGUACUCA